CCGGGAUCUCCGGAAGCGGCCCGUUGCCACGGCGACUGUGUACACAGCCCGGCAGCGGUGCGUGCCGGGUUUGGGUCUCCGCUCACUCAGCGGUCGCGCUGCUGGAGGGCUCCUGCCUCCCGAGCGUAGUGACUGAAGAUGGACCCACAUGUGGAGAUUCAGCCACCCUCUGACUUCCAGCCAUUACCAUGACCAUCACCACCAAUCACCAUUUUCUUGAGCACCUGACCUGUGCUGGGCACUGUUCUGGACUUUGAGGGGGGAUUCAAAAGAGAGAAAAGGCACAGUCCUGCCCCUUAAGCUGCUUAUAAUUUAAUUUGGGAGCUGAAACCCGCUCAUAUGAUGCGGCGUAAGAACGGUGACAAGCGUUAUUUCACUAGAAUGGGUACUAGGAAAAAAGUUCAUGCGUUUGUCCGUGUCAAACCCACCGAUGACUUUGCUCAUGAAAUGAUCACAUAUGGAGAUGACAACAAAACCAUUGAUAUUCACUUAAAAAAAGAUACUCGGAGAGGAGUUGUCAAUAACCAGCAGACAGACUGGUCAUUCAAGCUGGAUGGGGUUCUCCAUGAUGCCUCCCAGGACUUGGUUUAUGAGACAGUUGCGAAGGAUGUGGUUUCUCAGGCCCUUGAUGGCUAUAAUGGCACCAUCAUGUGUUAUGGGCAGACGGGAGCUGGCAAGACAUACACCAUGACGGGGGCAACUGAGAAUUACAAGCACCGGGGAAUCCUCCCUCGUGCCCUACAACAGGUUUUUAGGAUGAUUGAAGAGCGCCCCACACAUGCCAUCACUGUGCGUGUUUCCUACCUGGAAAUCUAUAAUGAGAGCCUGUUUGACCUCCUGUCCACUCUACCCUAUGUUGGACCCUCGGUCACACCAAUGACCAUUGUGGAAAAUCCUCAGGGGGUCUUCAUUAAGGGCUUGUCAGUUCACCUCACAAGUCAGGAGGAAGAUGCAUUCAGCCUUCUUUUUGAGGGAGAGACCAACAGGAUUAUAGCUUCCCACACGAUGAACAAGAGCUCAUCUAGGUCACACUGCAUUUUCACCAUCUACAUGGAGGCCCAUUCGCGGACCUUAUCAAAUGAAAAGUACAUCACUUCCAAAAUCAACUUGGUGGAUCUAGCAGGCUCGGAAAGGCUGGGGAAGUCUGGGUCCGAGGGCCGAGUCCUGAAGGAAGCCACCUACAUCAACAAGUCGCUGUCAUUCCUGGAGCAGGCCAUCAUUGCCCUUGGGGACCAGAAGCGAGACCACAUCCCCUUCCGGCAGUGCAAGCUCACCCACGCCCUGAAGGACUCGUUAGGGGGAAAUUGCAAUUUGGUCCUCGUGACAAACAUCUAUGGAGAAGCCGCCCAGUUAGAAGAGACGCUGUCUUCACUGCGGUUCGCCAGCAGGAUGAAGCUGGUCACUACUGAACCUGCCAUCAAUGAAAAGUAUGACGCUGAGCGAAUGGUCAAGAACCUGGAGAAGGAGCUGGCAUUGCUCAAGCAGGAGCUAGCCAUCCAUGACAGCCUGGCCAAUCGCACUCUUGUGAACUAUGACCCCAUGGAUGAAAUUCAGAUUGCUGAGAUCAACUCCCAGGUGCGGAGGUACCUGGAGGGGACGCUGGACGAGAUUGACAUUAUCAACCUCAGACAAAUCCAGGAGGUGUUCAACCAGUUCCGGGUGGUUCUGAGCCAACAGGAACAGGAAGUGGAAUCCUCUUUGCGCAGAAAGUACACCCUUAUAGACAAGAAUGACUUUGCAACCAUCUCUGCUGUCCAGAAGGCAGGGCUCAUGGACGUUGACGGUCACCUAGUCGGCGAGCCUGAUGGGCAAGGUUUUGGACUCGGAGUUGCCCCUUUCUCUAUUAAACAUGGGAAGAAAUCCAAGUCCAAGAAGACAAUCAAAGAGCAGUUCAGCUCCUCAGCAAGAAAGGAAGGUGCAAGCAGCCCUGUGAGCAAGGAGUUGGAAGUUUCCACCUCCAAGUCCCAGCUGACCCCAUCCUCCAAGGAUGGGGAUGUCAAAGACAUGCUUCUGCGGGACCGAGAGACCUCCAAUACUUCAGACUCCCCAAAGGAGGAAUUACGCCCACUCAGGCCCAGCACCCCGCCCUCCAAGCCUGUGGCCUUUGAGGAUUUUAAGAACGAGCGAGGUAGUGAGAUCAACCGCAUCUUCAAAGAAAACAAAUCCAUCUUGAAUGAGAGGAGGAAAAGGGCCAGUGAGACCACACAGCGCAUCAAUGCCAUCAAGCGGGAGAUCGACGUGACCAAGGAGGCGCUAAAUUUCCAGAAGUCACUACGGGAGAAGCAAGGCGAGUAUGAGAACAAGGGGCUGAUGAUCAUCGAUGAGGAGGAAUUUCUGCUGAUCCUAAAGCUCAAAGACCUCAAGAAGCAGUACCGUACAGAGUAUCAGGACUUGCGCGACCUCAGGGCUGAGAUCCAGUACUGCCAGCACCUGGUGGAUCAGUGUCGCCACCGCCUACUUACAGAAUUUGACAUCUGGUACAAUGAGUCCUUCUUCGUCCCUGAGGACCUGCAGGUGGCAGUGAAGCCAGGUUGCAGCAUCAGGCCAGGCAUGAUGCCUGUCAGCAGGAUUGUGUCUCUGGGAGAAGAUGACCAGGACAAGUUCAGCCAGCUACAGCAGACGAUGCUUUCCGAGGGCCCUGAUUCUAUCUCCUUCUACAACGCCAAAGUCAAGACAGAACAGAAGCAAAAUUAUUUGAAAACCAUGAUGGGCUUCCAGCAGACACAGAGGAAAUAAGGACUCAUCGCCAGUGCCUUGAAGGACCACACCCCCAGCAACUCCUGCCUGCUCUAGUGGAGCUGCCAAAGCACCUGCCCAGACUCCAACCCUCUGCUCCAAGGCUGGGGCCCAGCACAGAGAACACUCAAUGGCCUGCCUGCCAAGAGGGACAGGACAGCCUUCAAAAGACACUCUUGCCUAUCUUCACAGAGUACUUUUGGUUUCCAUUCACUAUCUUAUGUGCAGAAACAGGAUAAAAUAGCUUUCUAGUCUGGACUUCCAGUGCUCAUCCAAGAACUUUAUUUAAUUUCCUAUCUGGGAGGAUGUCUUCCCUGUAUACAGAUGGGAUCCUAACCGAGUCUCCAGUAAGAAAGUGAAAAAGUAGAUCAGCCCGGCUCCCCCCGCAGGCCUCUGUUCCACUGGUCAACCUCAUUCCUUUCCUGGAUGGCCAUCCUGGGAAUGACCUGGGUCUGCAAAGCCUUGGUUCCCACAGCUCCCUCAUAGGUUCUCUCAGGGCAUCCUCUGUGUUCCUGAGCCAAUGAAGGCAGGAGGCCUUCCUUCCUCAGAAACCAGGAGAGGAUGGGGUAUAGGUGGAAAUGACUGAAAGGCAGAUUUUUAUCUCAAAAUAAGAAGAGGCUUAAAAUGAGAUCAGUCCUACCACGAACUUAGCAGUGAGAGCCCAUGGUGGGAGGCUGUUUGGCAAGGAGAUGGCAGAAACUGCAUCAGAUGGAAGGCUGAACUAAAUGGCACCUGUCCAAUCAAAGACCCAGUGAUUGUGUUCUUCAGCCCAUCAGUGAGCAGCCGAAUGGGGCUUUAAUAGAAGGGAGAAAGCUGAAAGGCUUUCCUUGAAGUCUCUGCCCUCUCUCCUGUCUACCCCUUUCUCUUUCACUGACUGAUACACAAUGGUCUUGAGACAACUUUAAUUUAAUUUUUUUUAACUUUUUAAAUUGAGUUAUAGUCAUUUUACAAUGUUGUGUCAAAUUUGAAACAACUUUUAGAGACUCCUGCUAUGCUAAGGCUUCCCAGAGCAGCUCUGAAGUCCCUGACUUCAUUUCCCUAGAUGACACAUGGGGGCUGCCACUGACCAGCACUUAACGAUGUGCACACAGCCUUGUUGGUCAGUCCUCAUGUUUCCUUUAAUUGUGGCCAAGCAGACAGAUGUGUCCAGGCUCUACUCAUCCUCUCAGCUGUCGGAGGCCUUGCACAGAGAGUUCUGAUUCUUUCCCUUCUUGGCUGCCCUUGCCCUUACCAGGACCUGUUUUGGGUUCCCAGGUCAUUGGGGCAGCUCAGGAAAUAGGACACAGCAGACAGGGGGUACAUCAUCUUGUUGGGGCCACGGGACACAGCUGUCUGAGGCAUUACCAAUGCCCCAUUCCCUUCAUCCCCCAUCACUGGCUAGAAUGGCAUGUGGCACACAGGAUGUCCCUCCACAGAACUCCUGAACAGCCAGUCCUGGGGGCCUACAGGCCAGGGCAAGCUGGGCCUCUGUCAUGGCAGCCUGUCCUAUUUGUCUCUAGCUCAUGCUUCACCACAUAAGCCUCUCUGGUCAAUUCUGGCGCAAACAGAAACGUGAUCAUCAGUGUGGGGAGAGCCACAAGAAUAAAGGAGGAUGGUGCUCACCCUCCACGCAAACUCCACACAGGAGCAGACACCUCCAACAUAACAGGGAGUUAGGAGGCACUGUGUUCACUCAAAUGGGCCUAAAAAUGGGUUCUAGAAAAUAGUACCCUCUGAGCUAAUCUGACCAUAAAAAUCACCCCUGAAGGGACUUCUAAUUCCGUCAAUGUGACAGAUAAGGUAACCUGAAAACAAUCCAGCUACAAACAAAGGUGCCAGCUAAAGUAUAACAUUCUUUGAACUGCAAAGUUAAAUUUGCAGAAAAGAAAGGGAACUGCGAGGAGCUGGAGGACUGAAAACUAGAAUGGUCAGCAUGUUAACCAGCUGUGUCUGCUAGGGCCAGGAGAAGGUAUGUGAGCGGAUGGUUGCUCUUGAGCGUUAAUGUCUACAUAAAUGUGAGAAAUAAGACUUUGGCCCAUGUGCCAUAGGAAUUUGGAAAUGAGACCCCCUGCAUAAAGGUGGCACUUGAUGAAGAGAUGAGCUAGCAAAAGUUCCCCUGCUGACAUGGAGAAACAGCAAGGAAACUUUCCCCAAGAAUGAGGGAGAAUAGAUCCUGUGAGAAUUUCUAACCAUGCACAGGUUUGGGAUUCAAAUUUACACUGUGUGGGCCAGGAACCACCAGGCUAAGGAAUUAACAUAAAAAUUCGCCCAUGGCUGAAAUACCUAGUAGAAUCAAAUUAAAAAAAACUACUGUACAUCCCCUUUACCCAGCUACACAGCACUUACAAAGCCCUGGUAAACGUGAGCUCCAAAGAUUAAAUACACAUACACAUGCAUGUAUAUAUGGUGUACAUGGAAACAACCUAUCACAGAGGAGGCACAAUGAAAGAUUAGACUUAUAAGAAUUCCAGAUAAAUUACUGGAUAAAGAUUAUACAAUAUAUAUGUACGUUUUAAAUAAAGACAAGUAGGAAUCAAAAAUGUGAUAAAGGCUA